AUGGCUCACAGGCACUGCUUCUCCUACUGGCUAUUGGCCUGCUGGUUGGUGGUAACUGUGGCAGAAGGACAAAGGGUAGUUACCCCGCCCGGAGGCUCACAAAAUAAUGUGGAUCCUACAGACUGCCAGAUCUUCACACUCACCCCCCCGCCUGCCACGAGGAACCCAGUGACAAGGAUCCAGCCCAGCACGAGGACACCGGCACGGACUUUCCCUUUUUUUCCAACACGGAGGCCCAGAGUCCACAUUAGAUUUCCAAACAGACCUUUCCUCCCGCCAAGGUGCAACCACCGUUUUCAGUUCCGUCCAUUUUUUUGGCCAAACAGCCGUCUCACGCCACGUUAUCACUAUUUCCCCAGAAGAAGAUUCCGGAGAGGAAGCUCAUCCGAGGAAACCAGAGUGAAGAGAGAAGCCCCAAACCUGCUGAGGCAAAGGAAGUUAACACCUCAGAAAAGACUGUAAAAAGAUUUGUGUCC